AUGGCUACAAGGAAUGAUUUGGAAUCAAAAGAAGUGACCAACCUUAUGUGUGACGGUGAUGAUGACAGUGAUAGUGAUUCUGAUGAUGAUGAUAGUAACGAUGAUUCUGAUGAGAAGUUUUACCAGCUUGUGGCAGUCACAUGUGAAGCAGUUGUGACAUAUUUCAAUAAGUACAUUAAUAAGACUCCUUAUUAUGAUUCUGAACAAACAGGGUGGGAUUGGGAUUGCAUCGGUGCGAUUGAUGGCACACAUGUGAUGGCGAUUGUACCUACUGAUAAGUCCAUUCCAUACUUUGGAAGAAAGGGAUAUCCAACCCAAAAUGUGAUGGUUGCAUGUGACUUUGAUAUGUUAUUCACAUUUGUUUUGCCUGGAUGGGAAGGUUCAGCACAUGACACCUCCAUUUUUCUUGAUACUAUUCGUGCACAAAGUAACAAUUUUCCAAACCCACCACCAGGGAAAUAUUAUGUAGUUGAUUCUGGAUAUCCAAUGAUGAAAGGCUAUUUGGCACCAUACAAGGGGAUAUCUUACCAUAUUCAGGAAUUUCGAAGGAGAGGUGGAAGCCCUAGAAUUAGACAUGAAAAAUUUAAUCAUGCUCACUCAUCUCUUCGAUGUGUGAUUGAGCGUACUUUUGGUGUAUGGAAGAAUAAAUGGAGAAUUAUCAGAAAUAUGCCAUCUUUUCCAUUCCAUAUCCAAAUACUUAUUGUAUCUGCUAUUAUGGCUCUUCAUAAUUUUGUUAGACUAAAUGAUAGGGAUGAUAAGGGCUUCAUACACGCCAAUCGAGAUUCAAUUUCUAGAAGAGAACAUAAUAGUGAAGCAAGUAGUAGUUAUGAGCAGAACUCAAGAUCUUUAAUAGACCCUGAGAUGGUGGUUCUUCGUGAUUCUAUUGCAAAUUCCAUUUGGGGGGAUAGUAAUUAG